ACAGCGUACCGGCGUUUUCGAGUGCUCGUAGCCGUGGACACGGCUACGCAGCCAUCCUAUAAACCGCGCGGGGGAAGCUAGUGCGUGAAUGUAUUGGAAGCGGUGGCCACGUCUUCAUCGUCAUCGUCGUCGUCGUCGUCGUUGUGAUCGCCGUGAAAACGGUGUUACGCCGUGGAAGUUGGCAAAAACGCUACAUCAUCGAUGGCCCGCGCGAUAUUUCGACGGCAUUCGUGAUCGCGGCAAGACGGGAUCUUCGUCGAGGAUGCCGCGAAUAUCGUUUACACGUCCCAGGAGGAUGGCAGGCUUUCAGAUCAUCGCUCGGAUCGAUAGGCACGAAAGAAUCGAAUAAUCACGACGGAACGAAGGAGGACACCAAAGCGGUGAGGCGAGCCAGGAGCCCCGGAGGUUAGGGCCUCCGAGUGACGAGGAUCCUUGUUCGAAGAUGAACUCCAUGAUAUAUACCCUUUACGGGUUUGCAAUAUUUUUCAUGAUAUUCUGGUCGGUAAUGUGGAUCAUUCACGCAUUGGCACUGAUUGCUGGUCACUGGAAGCUGCACCGGAAAGUCACUCAAGUACCAACCUACGAAACGCCCUUACCCGGUGUGUCAAUCAUAAAGCCAUUGAUGGGCGUUGAUCCCAAUCUGUUUAGCAACUUAGAGACAUUUUUCACCAUGCAGUAUCCUCGUUACGAGCUAUUAUUCUGUGUGGAAGACGAUUCAGAUCCUGUGUUGAUGUUAGUGCGUAAACUGAUCGAGAAAUAUCCGAAAGUAGACGCAAGACUUUUUAUCGGUGGUUGCAACGUAGGUGUGAAUCCAAAGAUCAACAAUAUGCAACCAGCAUACGAGGCGGCCAAGCACGAGUUUGUGUUGAUCAGUGACAGUGGUAUCAAGAUGAAAGAGGACACGCUCUUGGACAUGGUUAAUUACAUGACUGACAAUGUUGCGUUGGUACAUCAGAUGCCGUUUACCUGUGAUCGUGAAGGUUUUGCCGCAGCAUAUGAGAAAAUAUUCUUCGGUACCGUACUCUCGCGUAUAUACCUUACCGCCGAUUUGCUCAGGAUAAACUGUCAUACCGGUAUGUCGGCAUUAUUGAGAAAGGCAGCACUCGACGAGGUCGGCGGAUUAAAAACGUUCGGUGUGUAUUUAGCCGAAGAUUUUUUCUAUGCAAAGUCGUUGACCGAUCGUGGUUGGCGCAUUACAGUAUCCUCGCAGCCGGCAUUGCAAAAUAGCGGUCACUGCGAGCUGCAUUCAUUCCAGGCGAGGUUACGAAGGUGGGUAAAGCUCAGAGUGGCUAUGUUACCUACUACAAUCGUCCUGGAACCGCUUAGCGAGUGUUUAGUGUUAGGUGCCUGUGCUUCCUGGGCGGCUAGCGUGCUCUUCGAGUGGGUGCUACUUAGCGUCGUGCAGAACGGUCCGCUACCGUUCAACAAGUUAGAAUUCGUGUGCGGAUGGUUACUUAGCGAGAUCACUAGGCCUUAUCUUUUCAUUCAGGCAGUUCUAGAUCCUCUGAUACAGUGGCGGUCGCGCAUCUACAAACUCAGGUGGGGUGGAGUCGCGGAAGAGGUUAAGACAAAAGUCAAAUAUUGA